AUGGAGUGCCCAAAGGCCCCCCAAACCCUGAUGGGGCGUGUGGCCGUUCCUCUCCAGCAUCGUCCCCCCGCAGCUGGAGCGACCCAGCGGGAGGCUGUGUUGGGAGUUGCUGCAGUAGCACUGGAUAGGAGGGACAAGUCGGAUCCCUUGGACGCAAGCAGGGAAGGAGAAGAGUUUUACCAAGUCCAAGACAGCGAUCUCUAUUGCAAGAAGUGCCCGGCGGGCACCUACGUUGCAGAGCACUGUAAAGAGAAAAGUGGCUCCAGCAAGUGUUUGCCAUGUAAAGAAGAUGAAUACAUCGAAUACCCAAAUGACUUUUCCAAGUGCCUUGGCUGCCGGACGUGUAGGGAAGAUCAGGUGGAGCUGAGUCCCUGCCGAGCCAUCAGCGACACGCAGUGUGCCUGCAGGAACGGGACCUUUUGCUCCCCGGACCACCCCUGCGAGAUGUGCCAGAAGUGCCGGCCCCGGUGUGCCAAGGACGAAGUGGAGCUGGCUCCCUGCACACCACACAGCGACCGCCAGUGUGGUCCUCCCACCGACACCUUCUCUGGCUCCUCUAGUAAGUGGAUCAUCGUGGUGCUGCUGGUGGCAGUACCUGUGGUUAUCCUGCUUGUGGUCUUCCUCUGGAAGCGCUGCUGCUGCCGUUCUCCAGGUGAGCACCAGGACUACCUGGUGCGGCGGCUGACAAGGUACCAGAGUGGGGGCCCGGGGACACAGGACAACAUCCGCAAUGAGCUGUUCUCCCGGGAUCAGCUACUCCCCAGGGUGACAGGUUCAGUGACUCCCAGCGCUCCGGGACCGCAGGUGACAGGGCCGAGGACCUCAUAUCCUGGUGUGAAACCCAGGAGGAAUCUGGUUCCAGUGCAAGGAAAAGACCCUGUUAGCCUUUUGCGACGCUCUUUUGACAUCUUUGCCCGAGACGUGCCCACCAAGGACUGGAAGAGAUUCGGCCGAGCCCUCGGUCUGCUGGAGAAUGACAUUGCCCUCGCGGAGAUGAACGACAAGUAUUCGCUGGAGCCCUUCUUCCAGAUGCUGAACAUGUGGCAGAACAGAGAAGGGAUGAACGCCUCUGUGAACACGCUGCUGGAGACCCUGCAUGAGAUCAAUCUCGGAGGGGUGGCAGAGGACAUCUCCUCCAAGCUGGUCCAGCAGGGAUCUUUCCAGUACGAACUAAUCUGA